AUGGUUUCCACCAGAAAGUCAGGUGGCACCACCGAAGGUGAAAUAAGCCAGCCCGACGCCAGGUUUAUCCUCGAAUGUUUGAAGAACCUGGAUAGAAACAAACAGGUGGACAUCGUAAGAGUGGGCCAGGCCCUUGGAUACACCAACUCAGUCUCUGUUGCAAACCGAUUUCGGUUGCUACGUAAGCGACAUGGUUUCAACAAUCUUGAGUGCACAAUGGGCUCCGGCAAGAGCGAGGAAAAGCCUUCUGCCGCUUCGACCGCGUCCAUUGCACCCAGCACCGAGACCAACGCCGACGAGACAGCCCCCGAGCCUAGCGACGACGGCGACGCCUAUUCUCCUGUCAAGCAUCGGUGCGUGGCGAAGUCUGCGACCCGGAGCAAAGGUGCCAAAGCAUCAUUGAGAUCCACUUUUGCAGCUGCAGCCACCCGUCGCAACGGCGCUGGUGCUUCCAAGUCCAAGGGGGCCGCCAAAGCUGGGAACUCCCAGGAUGCAACCAAUCCCCUUGAGGAGGACGAAGGCAUCGACUCUUACCUGUUGGACGCGGUGGAUGAAAUCGUUCAGGAGGAAGAGUCGGCCCGACCCAAAAUUCACAAUACUCGCGGAAAGGCUUGA